ACUGCUGCUGGUGCUCCGGUCUCUUUGCUUGUCUUUGUCUCACUCUUUUGUUAGCCAUGCCUAGCCUGCUGCUUCUAGCAGGGAUCAUGGAGAAAAAUGGGGGCUACGGCAGUGAUCUGGCCGGCUCCGGCUUCGGGAGCGAGGGCCUGCUGGUGCCGCCCGAUGACGACGAGGAGGACUCCCGCGCUCUGAGGGUCGCGCUGGGCCAGCUGUCCCUGCUGGGUCUGGGGGAAACGGAGGACGGCGGCGGAGCGCCUGGAUCAGGAGCACAGGACAGAAGUAACGGUAGCAAUAACCACCACAGCAACCACAUCAACAGCGUCGGCGGAGGCGGUGGCGGCGACGCGGGGCUCCUGCAGGGAAAGAGCAAGCUGUGCGCCCUGUACGAGGGCUCGGCUGCCGAAAGCAAAGGACGCGGCAGCAACAUCACCGAGUGCGUGCCCGUGCCCAGCUCCGAACAUGUGGCCGAAAUAGUGGGCAGACAAGGAUGCAAGAUCAAGGCUCUUCGUGCCAAGACAAACACUUACAUAAAGACCCCUGUGCGUGGAGAGGAGCCGGUCUUCCUGAUCACGGGUCGCAGGGAGGAUGUGUCACUGGCCCGUCGUGAGAUCAUCUCUGCCGCAGAGCACUUCUCCAUGCUACGGGCCUCCCGCAACAAGCUAGGCAUGUCCUUCAAUGCCUCACCUCCCACACCCCUGCCUGGCCAGACAACUAUUCAGGUACGGGUGCCCUACCGCGUUGUGGGGUUGGUUGUGGGCCCCAAGGGCUCCACCAUCAAGCGCAUCCAACAGCAAACCUGCACCUACAUUGUCACACCCAGCCGUGAUCGUGACCCUGUGUUUGAGAUCACUGGCUCGCCUGGGAACGCUGAGCGGGCUCGCGAGGAGAUCGAAGCCCAUAUCGCCUUCCGCACCGGAGGUUUGCACGAUCUCAAUAACGAGAACGACUGCUUGGGGCCUGAAAGUGGGGGCGGAAGUGGGGGCCUGGAGAGUCGGCUGCAUCAGGUAUGGGGGCUUCAGGGUGGUCAGCGCAAGCCACUUACUAGCAGCUACCGCCAGAACUUCCCAGAUGUGGUUGGAAACGGCAGCGGAGGGGGAGGAAAUGGUGGGAUGUACAGCAAAGGUGACUUCACAAGUCCUAUUGAGAAGCCAUGUACUUAUUAUUGUCCGGAGGACAGCCAGGGGUGGGGAGACCCCGACUACACCAAGCAGGUGACGUACUACACCCAGCAGCGGUCCAAGAGCUUUGGCGGGCUACCCCUGCCCCUGAAUAAACUGUCACCAGGCUUGUCCGACUCCUGCAGUGCCCCCAGCAGUGGAGCUCUGUCUCAUGCACAGGCGCGGCGCACCCACAGUGAGCCUAUCUCCGUGACCGUUGGCUUCACCAGCCGGCUGCCUGUGCCAGAGUCACCGCCGGCCACAGUCCGUGACUGCAUGACCUGCUUCGAAAGCAAGGUAACAGCUGCGCUGGUGCCCUGCGGCCAUAACCUGUUCUGUAUGGAGUGUGCCAUUCGCAUCUGUGAGUUGAGCCACCCGGAGUGCCCUGUCUGUCACAGCACAGUCACUCAGGCCAUCCGAAUAUUCUCUUAAAGGCUGCCACUUACCUUAUGCUUUUUAAUCAUCCUUUUUUUAUCGGUGUGUUUUCUAUGGUUACAAUAAUUAAGUAUGGUUUUAUUCCAGAAAAUAUAAAAUUAA